AUGGCCCCCGGUUCCGCGGCGCCGCGGGGCGGCUGCCUCGACUUCUUCGCCGCCGUGCGCGACGAGGAGGACGAGUUCUGCUGGAACGCACUGCGGAGCCCCGCGGCGGCCGAGCGGGCCAUCUGCAGGGGCUACCGGCGGGCCGUGAGGUGGCUGCCCGAGGAGGUGCUGAACGAGCUGCUCCGGUUCUUCUACGACCCCUCCGGGCCCGCCGCGCUGUGGGUGUCCGGGCUGCCGAUCGACCCCGAGGUGCCCGCCACGCCCGCGCUGCCCGGCGACUUCCGGCUGCCCGUCUGCGAGUCCUGGCUGCUGGGCGUCGGGCGCAUCCUCGGCGUGCCGUACGGCAUGCUCGGCUUCUACACCACCAACGCGCGCGGGGGGCUGGUCCGCGAUCUGUCGCCGAAGCCCGGCCUCGGCGGCAUCAACAACCCGCACGUGGAGCUCAGCUUCCACAGGGACGUGCCGGCCAACGUCUUGGGCGUCGGCAGCGAGCCGGACGCGUUCCUGCUGCUGGCCGCCCGGGGCGACCCCUCGGGGGCUGCCCGGACGCUGGUCUGCAGCAACCGCCUCCUCGCCGAGAGCCUCAGCUCGAGGGAAGAAGCGCGCUGA